AUGGCGCCGCAUAUUUGGCGGUCGCUCGCCAUUCUUCUGGCAACUACCACUCUUACCUUAGCUAAAUAUGCAGAACUACAGUCAUGGCGAGGCGCUGGCCGGCCAGUUUCCGAGCUCCAAGAGGCGGAAGACGAACGUCAUGAUGCAGAGCUCCUAUCAGCUGUAAGGAACUCCAUCAGACAAUGGGAAAUCAAGAGAUCUAGGACCAGAAUAAAACGAUCUCAAGGCAGUGUGUGUUAUGGCGAUUUCGGUUGCUUCGAAGAUGCGGGUCCUUUUGCCUAUUUAGAAACAUUGCCCAGUCCACCACAGGAAGUUGGCACACACUUUCUGUUGUACUCUACAGUAAGCAGAGGAGAUCAGCCGUUAAUAGCUGUGUCAGCUAGCAACAUGUCUGCGGCCUGGAACUGGGCAGCGCGAGCGUUUGAUACAUCACGACCCACGCGCGUCAUUGUUCACGGAUUUGGGUCCAAUUGCGACAACGUAUGGGUGUACGAGAUGAGAUCUGCUUUGAUGGCUGUUGAGGAGUGCAAUGUUAUUUGCGUCGAUUGGGAGGGAGGUGCGUCUAUGCCAAACUACCUUAGAGCGGCAGCAAAUACUCGUCUGGUCGGUAAACAACUAGCAAUGUUAUUACAAGGUUUGGCUCAACACAUAGAUUUACGAUUUGAAGAUAUCCAUCUUAUAGGAUUCAGUUUGGGAGCUCACGUGGCCGGUUUCGCUGGAUCGGAACUAAAAAAUAUCAGUCGGAUUACAGGCCUUGACCCUGCCGGACCUUUGUUCGAGUUUCAAGACCCUCGCGCUCGUUUGGACCAAUCCGACGCAAAAUUUGUGGACGUUAUACACUCCAACGGCGAGACCUUGAUCCUAGGCGGGUUGGGAGCUGCGCAGCCUUUAGGGCACGUGGACUUUUACCCCAACGGUGGACGAGUACAACAUGGAUGUUCUAAUUUAUUCGUGGGAGCAGUCUCUGAUUUGGUGUUACCGUGGGCGAGUGCAUCCGUCGAGGGCAGAUCGUUGUGCAAUCAUCGCCGCGCUUAUAAAUUCUUCACGGAUUCCGUUUCUCCGAAAUGCCAUUUCCCUGCUUUCCCCUGUUCUGAUUAUGAUACAUUUAUGGAGGGUCGAUGUUUUCCUUGUGAUAGCGAUCGACGUUGUGGAAACAUGGGUUAUUAUGCAGACAGAUCUCUUGGGAGAGGACAGUUGUACCUUCUCACUAGAGAAGAGGAGCCAUUUUGCGCACAUCAAUACCACGUCACGUUAUGGGGUGGAAGCGAAAUCGGAGAAAAACCCAACUUCGGUCGGAUCACACUCACCUUGCAUGGAGAUUCGGGCCUAAACGAGUCUUUUCCCAUGACGAAGCGUUCCAUCAAGUCUGAAGGGAGUGGUGUUCAGUUCGGACGAGUGUUGGUGCCACACCCUGCUCUAGGAGUACCGUUACGAGCUUCGUUACAUUAUGCGGCCUACAAUGGCUGGCUCAGCGCCGCUGCAAAAGCUCUCAGACUACACAAGCUACUAAUCACAGACAGCUUUGGAAAAACUUCAUCCUUUUGCAAAAACCUGCGGUUAUCAUCUGAUGAAACAGUACAAAUGCCGCUGUAUCCGGGAGAUUGCCAAAUUCAGUUGGAAAAUACAACACUUGCCGCAAACGAUCAAGAAAAUUCCACAAAUACAGCCGUUGUUGAUCCACAUGAUAAUGAACUUCCCGAAGAUACACCACAAAGAACAUAUUUGAUUGGCGACGCUUAUGAUUGGGAAGAAACUGCAGAAACUGGAAGAGCUUUUGGUAUGACCAAUACAAAAACGGCUCCAAGUGGGCUCAUUGAAAUAGCUGAGCCUGUACUCAGACCGCGACCUCGAAAGACUGCAAGACAGAGAGCCGAUAAUAUUCAAGAAAUAUCAGAACCAAUACUACGCGCAACACAUCCACCCCGACCUACCACACAACUACCGUCGCGGAAACCCAAAAACUAUGAUAUAUCAACGACACCUGCAAAUGAUAUCACAUGGGAUGCAAAAACGGAUAAAGAAGAAACCAGUUUCGCCGUACAAUUCCUACCAGCACGAUUAGCUUCAUUCAUUUCCAGAGCCGAACGUUAUGCUCGAGAUACGCUUUUGCCGUUAGUUUCAGCAUAUGCACCCCGCCUUCCUUUAUUUGGCUCACGAGAAGUUCCAAAGACAACAGCGAGGUUUAUUCCAACAGACGACGUCAAUGUAACUAGUUCAGUGCCUGUCCCUACGCCGACAUUAGAAAUGAAAAUAGAAACACUCCGUUCUAUGGGUCCUCCCGGUGAGAGACGUGAAGUCGAGACCCCUGAAGACCCUGACAUACCUGUCGUUAUAUCUACAACCACAUCAACGACGACCAAGCCGACCACGACCACAGGUGUGCCGAUAGUAGCGGCACCAUCUGAAGCGUUAAAAGUUGUACAAGGACCGCAAGCUUCGACUAGUACUGCUCUACCACCUGUGGCUUUACGAAGCGAGGGCAAGAAAAUAGUCAUCGUCUAUCCCAGUAACGCAAGAGAUGAAAGAAAAAUUAAAUCCCAUUCGUUCCCUGAGGAAAUGCAGUUCGAGGCGCUGUACAGACAUACGGAGGAACCUUCAGUGCUUAGAGUGGACCUACCGACCUUCACUCCGCCUACUUCCACUGAUAUCAACGGAGCUCUAACAACUACUGUCAAAAGUAUCCAUCUUUCACAAGGUCCUAACAUUGUGCAAGAAAACAACAAGCACAAAGACGACUGA